CUAUUCCCCCGCCCAGCAUUUUCGUUACCAUCAUGCAUGGGCGGAAGUGCAUACUUGCAUCACGUGGUGUGAUCGAUCGCGUGUUUCAAGUCGAAAUCACGUGAUGUGACUGUCUAUAGAUAGCUCUGCGUAGAGGGAGGAAAAUCCGGCGGUACAUGAAGGGACAUACGUCAGCCUUGCACAGCCUGAUGUUUUGAUGCGCACUGCCAGGGCAGAUAUGGGGAUUAGCAUCUCAAAAGCCCCACGAUGCGGAAAAGACCUAAGUCCGAUAGCAUCCGAACAAAUGCAACCCAUUUGUGGAACAAACACGGUAAGAACACCGGAAUCACAACGAAACGAUAAUGCCACAAAAUUGAUGGAGCAAAGGAGAAUGAGAUUAUUUUCUCCCACACAAAUAAGCACAUCAUCGUCUUCUCUAACCAGUUUGACGCAAUGGCCCAAGCUGGGUGGUUCUCCGUUGGCGGAUUCCACAGAAGCAUCGGAUCGAGACAGUCCGUUUAAAAGUGAACAGUGCUGGCAAGAUGGUGUUUACGGUAAAGUGAGUUGCGAUGCACGAUCCAAAACCACUCCGCUCACAAGACCACCAUGGAGACCGAGUGCGGCAUCAGCCAAUUGGAAAUGUUGGGAAUGCCAUGGUGGGGCCGGGAUCGAUAGCAAUCACCAAUUACCUCGGUUGGUUAACAUGGCUGGAAAUGCAGCACGGUAUAAGUAUGGGAGAAGAAAAACCAUGUCAUUACAAUCGGUAUCGUGCAUAGGAGACGUGCGACUACAAACCGGUGAGGCACAUCUACGGCGCUGUUCUGCAGCUCAACAAGUACAAGCAAUGCGACCAGAUGUUCUUGAUACCAUGAGUCUCAAUGGCCAAUGGAGACCGACCGUACGCAGAGUUGAAAGGGGUGCAGUUCGCAAGGAUACACAUUCUCAACCAGCGCCGUCCACGAUGAAUUGCAAGAAAGAAUUUGGGCUCAAGUCAAUAAUGGAAGACAAGGACGAUACGAACGCAACGGAUAAGGCGCUCAGCCUGACAAUAGGAGCGGAGCGUAAGACAGACCACUGCAAAUCACCUCACCACGAGUCUCAAUACGAUAAUGUGUAUCCAUUGCAAUACGUCUUUUAUGUGGAGGACACGCCGGACAAUGUCAGGGCCCUUGCAAGCGGAGGCAAAAUGGCUAUUUUGGCCCAUGAUCUUCACUGCCGCAUCUACUUCCACGCACAGAGGAAUGGACUAAUACGGAUGGGCCAAACAGACGGAUUGAGAUUGGAGGAAGAAAGAGUACUGGAACCGGCGUUGUACUAUAAAGGCAAACGCGUGCGCCCAGUGACCGUGGUCUCACGCAACAUGACUGAGUUGCGUCUGUUUCUACAAACUUUGGACGCCCACUAUCCGGACUUUGAGGCCAGUGCGUUCCUCACAGAUCAGUUGGUACAUUUCACCCCAAGCGGUAGCGCAACGUCCAGGAGGGUUUAAAAAGUGGCUACUGUCCCACGCACGUUCUUAAAUUUCCAGCGAGGCAGACAUACGGCAGCGCAUCACACGAAUCUAAGCACAGCCUUGCAGCAAAUGGCGAGGCUAAUUUAUGCGGUCAGUAGAAAGUUGUGUGCAAGUGCGUGUUACGUUUUAUGUGAUCGUACAUUCGAUUUCACAUGUACAAGAUCGUCGCAGGCAAGGGAUGAGACACCCGGAAUGACAAGAGGAGUGAAGACGUAAAAGGUUUAGGGAACCAUCAUCAAUCAUUUCACUGGGUCCGAAAGCUCCACAGGUCGACGGUAACAAACCAGAGUAAAUAGCUUGAUAUAUUUAUCAAAACUGCUUUCUUCUUCUUUUAUAGUUGUCAUUGUAAGACCAUUCCGUUAUGCUCCGAAACACGAAAGUAUUUCCAA